AUGGUGGGUGAAAGUCCGUACCUCAUCUCAGAUCUGGACCGGAGAGGCCAGCGGAGAUCCUUUGUAGAAAGAUAUGAUCCCAGCCUGAAGACCAUGAUUCCAGUACGACCCUAUGCAAGACUGGCAUCCAACCCAGUGGAUGAUGCAGGCUUGCUGUCCUUUGCCACAUAUUCCUGGCUUACACCGGUGAUGCAGAGAAGCUACAAGAGCACACUCACUGUGGACACCCUGCCCCCACUGUCACCUUAUGACUCAUCUGACACCAAUGCCAAAAGAUUUCGAGUCCUUUGGGAUGAGGAGAUAGAAAAGGUGGGUGCUGAGAAGGCCUCUCUGUGCCGAGUGGCCUGGAAAUUCCAGAGGACACGUGUGCUGAUGGAUGUCGUAGCCAAUAUCCUCUGCAUCGUCAUGGCAGCCCUUGGGCCAACAGUUCUCAUUCACCAGAUCCUCAAGUACACUGAGAGUAACUCUGGGAAAAUCUGGGUUGGCAUCAGUCUGUGCCUAGCCCUUUUUGCCACUGAGUUUACCAAAGUCCUCUUUUGGGCGCUUGCCUGGGCCAUAAAUUACCGCACAGCCAUCCGGUUGAAGGUGGCCCUCUCCACUUUGAUUUUCGAAAACCUGGUGUCCUUCAAGACAUUGGCACACAUCUCUGCUGGAGAGGUGCUCAACGUACUAUCAAGUGAUAGCUACUCCUUGUUUGAAGCCGCCUUAUUCUGUCCCUUGCCAGCCACCAUCCCCAUCCUAAUGAUCGUUUGUGCAGUGUAUGCCUUUUUCAUUUUGGGACCCACAGCUUUCAUUGGGAUAUCUGUGUAUCUCAUAUUCAUCCCAAUCCAGAUGUUUAUGGCUAAGCUCAAUUCAACUUUCCGAAGAUCAGCAAUUUCUGUGACAGACAAGCGAGUUCAGACAAUGAAUGAGUUUCUAACCUGCAUCAAACUGAUUAAAAUGUACGCCUGGGAGAAAUCAUUUACAAACACCAUUCAAGAUAUAAGAAAGAGGGAAAGAAAAAUCCUGGAAAAAGCUGGCUAUGUCCAAAGUGGAAACUCAGCCCUGGCCCCCAUUGUGUCCACCAUUGCCAUCGUGUCAACUUUCACCUGCCAUGUCCUCCUGAAGCGCAAGCUCACUGCCCCUGUGGCAUUUAGUGUGAUUGCCAUGUUUAAUGUAAUGAAGUUUUCAAUUGCGAUUUUGCCUUUCUCGGUCAAAGCAGCAGCUGAAGCCAAAGUCUCUCUAAAGAGAAUGAAGAAAAUUCUCGUAGCUAAAAGUCCCCCAUCUUACAUCACUCAACCAGAAGAUCCAGAUACUAUGUUGUUUUUGGCAAAUGCCACCUUGACAUGGGAACAAGAAACCUGCAUGAAAGAUGAUCCAAGGAAAGUGAAGAAACAGACAAGGCAAUUUUUCAAGAAACCGAGGCCAGACAUAUACAGUGAGCCGAGUCCAUCUGCCCAGGAAGUUUCCAGCACAGAGGAGCAAAGUGGCAGCCCUAAAUCAGUUCUGCACAACAUAAACUUUGUGGUGAGAAAGGGUAAAGUCCUGGGAAUCUGUGGAAAUGUUGGAAGUGGGAAGAGCUCCCUCAUUUCAGCUCUCCUAGGACAGAUGCAGUUACAGAGAGGAGUAGUGGCCGUCAAUGGCUCUCUGGCUUACGUUUCACAGCAAGCGUGGAUCUUUCAUGGAAAUGUGAGAGAAAACAUAUUAUUUGGAGAAAAGUACAAUCAUCAAAGGUAUCAGCACACAGUGCGUGUCUGUGGCCUCCAGAAGGAUCUCAGCAACCUCCCUUAUGGAGACCUGACUGAGAUCGGGGAGCGGGGUCUCAACCUCUCUGGGGGGCAGAGGCAGAGGAUCAGCCUGGCCCGUGCUGUCUACUCUGACCGUCAGCUCUACCUGCUGGAUGACCCCCUGUCAGCCGUGGAUGCCCACGUGGGGAAGCAUGUCUUUGAGGAGUGCAUUAAGAAGACACUUAGGGGGAAGACUGUUGUCCUUGUGACCCAUCAACUGCAGUUUUUAGAGUACUGUGAUGAAGUCAUUUUGUUAGAAGAUGGAGAGAUUUGUGAAAAGGGGACCCACAAGGAGUUGAUGGAGGAAAGAGGGCGUUAUGCAAAACUGAUUUACAACCUCCGAGGGUUGCAGUUCCAGGAUCCUGAGCACAUUUACAACACAGCCAUGGUAGAAGCCCUGAAGGAGAGCCCUUCCAGGAAAGAUGAAGAUGCUGUUUCAACUCCAGGAGAUGAGAAAGUUGAAGGAAAAGAACCUGAAACAGAAUCAGAGCUUGCAGACACGAAAGCUCCUGAGCACCAGCUCAUCCAGACUGAGUCCCCCCAGGAAGGAAUUGUGACCCUGAAGACGUAUCACACAUACAUUAAGGCUUCUGGAGGGUAUCUCCUCUCUCUCUUUGUAGUGUCCCUCUUCUUCCUGAUGAUGGGCAGCUCUGCCUUCAGUGCCUGGUGGCUGGGUCUAUGGUUAGACAAGGGCUCACAGAUCAUGUGCGGGCCCCAUGGCAACAAGAGCACGUGUGAGGUUGGUGCAAUCAUGGCAGGCACUGGGCAUCACAUGUACCAGCGAGUGUACGCAGCAAGCAUGGUAUUUGUGGUGGUGUUUGGCAUCAUCAAAGGCAUCACCUUCACCAAGACUGCACUGAAGGCAUCCUCCUCAUUGCACGAUAGAGUGUUCUAUAAGAUCUUAAAGAGCCCGAUGAGCUUCUUUGACACCACUCCUACUGGCAGGCUAAUGAACCGCUUUUCCAAAGAUAUGGACGAGCUGGAUGUCAGGCUGCCAUUUCAUGCGGAGAACUUUCUGCAGCAGUUUUUUAUGGUGCUGUUCAUUCUGGUGAUAUUGGCUGCUGUGUUUCCUGUUGUUCUUUUGGUCCUGGUUGUCCUUGCUAUAGUCUUCUCCCUUCUUUUACGUAUUUUCCACCGAGGAGUGCAGGAGCUGAAGCAGGUGGAGAACAUCAGCCGGUCACCCUGGUUCUCCCACAUCACCUCUUCCAUGCAGGGCCUUGGCGUCAUUCAUGCCUACAACAAAACAGAGGACUGCAUCAAUAAGUUUAAGAUGCUAAAUGAUGAAAAUUCCAGCCACCUCCUCUACUUCAACUGUGCUCUCAGGUGGUUUGCUCUAAGGAUGGACGUGCUCAUGAAUAUCGUCACCUUCGUUGUGUCCUUGUUGGUGACUCUGAGUUUUUCCUCCAUCAGUGCUUCAUCCAAAGGCUUGUCAUUGUCUUACAUUAUCCAGCUCAGUGGACUGCUCCAGGUGUGUGUGCGCACAGGAACUGAGACCCAGGCCAAGUUCACCUCUGUGGAACAGUUAAGGGAGUAUAUUUUGACCUGUGUUCCUGAACACACUCAUCCCCUCAGAGAGGGGUCCUGUCCUAAGGAUUGGCCAAGCCGUGGGGAGAUAACGUUCAAAGACUACCGGAUGAGAUACAGAGCCAACACUCCCCUGGUUCUCAAUGGGCUGAACUUGAACAUCCAGAGUGGGCAGACUGUUGGGAUUGUUGGAAGAACUGGUUCUGGAAAGUCAUCACUGGGAAUGGCCUUGUUCCGUCUGGUGGAGCCCGCCAGUGGCACCAUCUUCAUUGAUGAGGUGGAUAUCUGCACCGUGGGUCUGGAGGACCUCCGAAGCAAGCUGACUAUGAUCCCCCAGGAUCCUGUCCUGUUUGUAGGUACAGUAAGGUUCAACUUGGAUCCCUUUGGGAGUCACAGCGAUGAAGUGCUCUGGCAGGUUCUGGAAAGAACGUUCAUGAGAGACACAAUAAUGAAACUCCCAGAAAAAUUACAAGCAGAAGUCACAGAAAGUGGAGAAAACUUCUCAGUGGGGGAACGUCAGCUUCUUUGUAUGGCCAGAGCACUUCUCCGUAAUUCAAAAAUCAUUCUCCUUGAUGAAGCCACUGCCUCCAUGGACUCCAAGACAGAUACCCUUGUCCAGAGCACCAUCAAAGAUGCCUUCAAAGGCUGCACAGUGUUGACCAUCGCCCACCGUCUAAACACGGUUCUCAACUGUGACAUCGUCUUGGUCAUGGAAAAUGGGAAGGUGAUUGAGUUUGACAAGCCUGAAGUCCUCGCAGAGAAGCCAGAUUCUGCAUUUGCAAUGCUGCUAGCAGCAGAAGUUGGGUUGUAAAAGUCCCAGCAGCUGUCUUGAGAGGAGGAGGAGGGGGAGGCUGUGUGGGAAGAGGAGUCUGCUCUCAUCUCAGCAAGCAGCCCUGGUCACAGCCUCCCACCUAUGGAGGAGCAUGGGCCAAGUUGAGGAGCUGGGGCAUGGCCCCUUCCCUGCCCAGCUCAUGUACCUUACCUCAUCUGGCAGGCUUGGGAUUGGUUCCCAGUGGUGAACAGAGGCCCAUGAAGCUAUGAAUUAAAAGAAAAACUUCCCUUCCCCCUCCUAACACCCUGAGGGUCCCUCAUGAGUCCCUACCAACACCACCCUCAUGCCUAAGAAUGGAAAUGCAACUUCCUGUUAAAAACCAGUCAAAACCAUCAGAACAGGGGAAAUACCCAUGGAUGAGGUUUACAAGGGUUUCCUUGUCUUGUCAACAGAGGGGAAAGAGCGAAGCUUUCUUCCUGUUUAAUUUUCACAUCUACCUUGAUAUGUGACAAACUAUAACUUCACACAUCUGUAGCAUGAGAGCUUGAUUAUAGUGUUUG